AGCUCCAACGUGAGUAUCUACAAUAGAAAACACUCUAGAAUCACCAUGUACAGCUAAAGAACAAUAGAUUGCACCACAUUAUCGCAUGGUUACCUUUUCACUUUUUCAAAUCUAAUCUUGGCUUUGAUUCCAAUGCAGAUAAAAAUAACUGAUCAAUAAAGAAAGUAACGAAUUCCAGUUUGCGAUUAUUUUCUGUUAUUUUUUCUGUAAUAUUAAUCUACUGAUAAAUUAUCAAGAACGCAACAAGACUUAAGUAUCUGUUUAAUGUAUAGCUACAUAUUUUAUUUAUAUGAUCGAUGAAACAUGGCAUAAGAGCAUAUAAAAAAUAAAAAAAAUUACGAUGAUGUAUGGAGCUGUUAUGGAAAAUAAUACUAAUGAUAUAGUGAAGAAUUUUCAAACAUAUCGAUCAAACUAAUACCAUGAAAGUCAUCAUAAAUUAAGUUUCUGAACUGUUCUAUUUGUACAAACCACUUAAUCGUAGAAAACUUUAUAAUUUCAAUCAUGAAUAGUAUUCAAUUAAGUUUUUUUUUAAUUAAUUUUUUAUUUUUCAUGAUAGUUUAUAUUGAAAGUCUUUCAAUGAUAGGACAAUCAAAAACAAUUCCUCAAAAUUAUGAAAUAUUAUUAGACUUUGGUGGAAAUAAUGAUGAUUGUUCAGUGAAAAAUUGUAUUUAUACUGGAGAAGUAAAUAUUACUCUUAAAGUCACAGGACGAACAGAUUUUUUUUCGAUUCAAGCUGACUCGAAAAUGAAAAUUGAUGAAAAAAAGACUCGAUUGUAUAGAAUAGAUAAAAAUAAUAAUUCUUUGCAACAAAUUUCUAUCAUUGACAUUUCUAUCACCUAUGGAGACGUAUCUUCUAUCAUCGAAAUUUAUUUAGAACCUAUGACCAUAAUAGUUCCAGUGACACAAUACGUCAUAGAACUAUUUUUUUCACGAGAAUUCGAAGACCUUCGCGGAUAUUACCAUCCUAUCGAUAACAUAUCAAACAGAAUUGUGGCAAUUGCUCUUCUUAUACCCAACCGAGCUUAUCGUUUAUUUCCUUGUCUCUCAGAUUUAAAAUGGCUAUCAACAUUUGAGCUAUCAAUUAUUCAUCCUACAGAAUUUUCAGUACUUUCUGGAACUCCUUUAAAGUAUCGCAAAAAAAUGGCUCCUAAUACUUCUAUUUCUGUUUAUCAAUCAACAGAAAAAAUUCAAGCUCAUCAUGUGUUUUUUGCUAUAUGGAGUUAUAAAAAAUAUGAAACUGAUACGAUAAAUUUUUGGUAUCCAUCAGAAAUAGAAGAUGAAGACGUCAAGAUGUUGAUCGUGUAUUACAUUCAUAGUUUUGGAUUAAUGAUGAACAAUACUUUCUCAUCAAAGAGUCGAUUCAAUGUUGUUUCAUUUCCAGGUUCUAGAGUAAUAGAUUUUUAUACAACUCGUGGAGUAAGUUUACUGAGGGAAAGCCGAGUAAUCUUUGAUAAAGAUGAAUCCACUACCACAGAUAGGAUGGAAAUGUUAACUGACAUAAGUCGCAGUACUGUUCGAUAUUGGAUUGGUAUUUUACACUUUCCAAGAUUUUGGGAUGAUUAUUGGAUUUACACGGCUAUUGCUGAUUAUAUAGCAACUUUCAUAUUUCAUGUUAUCGAACCAACUUUUCGAAUUCACGAUUUUUCAUUAGCUCGAACAAUUUUAUGGACCAGAUGUGAUCGAGACACGAUGGCAGCAUCAACCAUACCAUUUUACUUAUUUGAUACAUGGGAAGACAGAAAAUAUUUCCGCAAAGAAGAAUAUAUAAGCUAUCAAGCUUUGACUAUUGUCGCGACAAUUCAUCAGUUAUUUGAUUUCAAGGAUAUUAUGGGAUUGAUAAGAUUAUUUUUGUCACGCUGGGGAAAUGAAUCAUUCGGUCCAACUCUAAAAGAAAUGUUAUCUCUUCUUGAUAAUAAAAGUGUAGAAAGUUUUACUAAUGAUUGGCUAAAAAAUCGUGGAACUCCACUUAUCACCAUUACUUUAGAUGAACUCGGUGAAUAUGCUGAGAUAGUACAAGAACGUUUUAAUACAUUUGGUCCAGGAAGUACAGUAAAUUAUACUUGGACUAUUCCGAUUCGAUGCAUUAAUCAUCAGACUAAUAAAUUUUAUCAUCUGUGGCUCAAAUCGAAAAGUUUAUUUGUCAAUGCGACUGAAAUAAAAUUUUGUUUAUUGAGUGGACAUUCUGUGGUUCCAUAUAGAGUAAAUUAUCCAGAAGCAUGGUGGAUUGAUAUUAUUCAGCUUCUCAGACACAAUCAUUUAGCGAUAAGUGAAAUGCAAAGAAUGUGGAUUAUUGAUGAUUUAUAUGAAUUAUCUGUAGCUGGAUACAUACAUAUUGAAUAUUUAUAUCAUUUGUUUGAAUACUUGAAGAUGGAAUUCGAUUAUUUUCCUUGGUUAGCUGUUGGGAAAGUUUUUGGAAAGUUAAAAAAUAUGUUGUCUCUCAGCAAAUAUGAAAAUCAUAAAGCAUUCCACAGGCGAUUAUUAGUAGGUUUAAUUUCCAAUGUCUAUAAUACACUAAAAAUGGAACCAACUCAAUCUCAUGAAAAUUACUAUAUUCGGUUGCACAGAAAAAAUAUUAUGAACCUCGCCUGUACCUACGGCCAUGAAGACUGUCUCAAGGAGUCCGAAUGGAGAUUAGAUUGUUACUUAAAUGCUGUUUCACAUGAUUGUCCCAAAGGGUUACCAUUUAUUUUACUUAAAACUCUAUCGAAACUAUAUUUUUACAAUUGGAAAUAUUUUAGACGUUGUUCUAUGAAAUGGAAAAAGUGUGCUUCUAAUCCAGAUGUUCGUGAAAUAAUCUUCUGUCAAGGUUUACGCCAUGCCACACCUAAAUUCUGGUAUAAAGCAUUUCAGUUGCUCAAUGGAUCAACUUUAUUUCAUUCAACCCGACUCGUAAUUUCUCGAGGUCUUGCAUGUACAGAAAAUAUUCACAUUCUUGAAAACUAUUUAGAUUUUAUGCUGAAUGAUGAAAAAAUAUUUCCUGGAGAAAAUGUGUUUCCAAUAUUACUAACUGCAGCAAGAAUGAGUGAAGAACAUGCGCAAUUAAUUCUGUAUUUUAUUACCAAACAUCAUGUGAAACUUGUUGAAAGAAUACAAACAGCUCAUGAGUAUCAUAAACAUUCGGCUCAAAUUGCUGAAGAAAUCUAUUCUGAUGAAUCUGUAAGAAAAACAUCAAAACAUAUGCCAGAUGAUGAAGAAGUUAGUUAUUUACUUCCAGAAAAUGUGAAAAAAGUCUUAACCGCCAAUACAAAAAUAGCUAAUAAGAUAGUACCUUUGGUCGAAAGUUAUAUUAAGAAGAAAUUACAAAAAAUUCUGAAUUAAUUCAUAAUUUUUUGUAAAUGGAGAUUCAAUAACUAGCUUAAUCAAAUAUUUUUAGGUAU